AUGAUAACGGAGCGAAAUCCAAAGUGCAAACACGCAGGAACAGUCAAGUUAGGAUGUAAUCUGAGUUCGCUUCGGAGAGUUGAGAAGAGUUUGCAGUCGGAUACCCUAAUUGGUGUGGACAACGAGAUCAUCUCCAUGGUGCUAUUUUAUUAUAUUCAUGAUACUCAUCUAGUAACAUUCCUGAUUUCUCAGCAGGAGCACCUGCAACUCGAAUCUCGGUCGAAAAGUGAACUUCGCGGUAGGCCGAACUCCCAGCGACGAGGAGGCGACGGAGGUGCUCUCGUUCUCUUCCCAGUGGAACGAUGCGUCGACAUGGAAUCCUCCGGAGCGGCGGCUUGGCGUGACUGGCGCAGCACAAGUGACAUCUUCUUCGAUUCCAAUCUCUAUGGUACACUUCAAUGGCGAUCAAGCCUCGGGCCCUCAUCUUGUAGCAAAGCUUUCUAA